AUGAGCUCUACUGGACAAACCAAUGUGGGUGAUGAUGGAAACGAUGAUCAAAGUUCGUCCUCAUCGGAGACGACAACUUCCAGUCUAGUUCAAGAAUCCUCCGAAAUUGGUCCAGGUAAUAUAAAUACUAAAGAUAAUUCUAAUGAAAACCAGCAACAACAAACUGGAGCUUCUUCAUCAUCUGUUAGAGGAUUUCUCAACAAAUCUGUUAAACUUUUCAGCUCACGCGAUGAUGAUGAUAAGAAUAAAGAAAGUAUUAAAGCAUAUUUUCAUGUUCAUUUUCCAUCAAACAUUGAAAAUAGAGGUGAACCAGUUAUAUGUUUCUUUUCAGGACAAAAUGAAAAUAUAAUGCCACUCAAACAACCACAUAAACGUAAUCAUUUACAUUCACAUACAACUUAUUGGGCAUUUGAAAUUGCAAUUCCAGUUACUUUUUUUAAUGAAAAAAAAGAAAUCAUAUAUAGAUAUGGUUUGUAUGUUCGUUACAGAGAUGAUGCUAAAGUUUUUUAUGAAGGGUUGGAUGAAGAUAGGAUUUUAAGAGCAAAAAGUGGAAAUUUGUAUGAUAUUGUUGGUAAAAUUAAUUUGCCAACUCGUUGUUAUUUCACUACUAUGAUCGAAGAUUUUCAAUUUUUGUAUAUCAUUGUUGAAUCAUUGAACUCCAAUAAUCUCAAGGAAAAACUCGAAGAGUAUCAACUAAUCAGUAAAAAUUUUCCACUUACAACCAAAAAUUUCACAACCAUAAGAUAUAUAGAUGAAGUCAUUAAAGAUAAUAAAUUAAGGGAAAAAAGAAUUUUUUGCCUUAUAUUAAUAGGUCAUUAUAUUAUCCAACGUCAGUUUGAAUUAUUUAGUGGUAAUCUAUUUUUACCUUCAAAUUUUGGAUCAAUUUUAUUACUUGAUGCAAUUGAAAAAAUUCAGCCGGACACUUUACCACCUGGAUAUGAACAAGAAAUUACAUUGGCAGUAUCUGCCAUAUGUCGCCACUUGGCCAGCAUAAAUAAUUUUGCAUGGCUUAAAAUUUUCGCUUUAGCAGAUAUUGUUGACCCUAAUUAUAAUUUCUUGGAUGCUUUGUGGCUGAUUGGAUUAUGCAACACAAUGGACACAUUAAUUACAAUGUGGAAUGACUUUAUUGAUCAUAAAAGAGAAAAAGAGGAAUUAAUAGUAUAUGCCUUCACUAAUUCAUUUCAAAGAACUAUUGCUUCUGACGGUCCAGUAGAUUUAUUGGAAGAUUAUGAAAAAGUUCCCGAUAAUUUGAAAGAAAUAUUGGCAGAACCAUUCCGUAAAAAAGUUUUAAGUUUAUUGAAUGCUCAAAUCAAUUGGACUGAAGUAUACAUAAAACCAAUUUCAAAGUUAUUUUUCAACAAGUUGCUAAAAUGGAAGAAAGCAGAUGUUAUCAAUUCACUAGAUUGUAUUUCUAAAUCAAAUCAUCCAAGAUUAUUAAUUUUCUUUACUAAAAUAUUGGAUCACUAUCUUAAAUAUUUUAAAGAUAAUGUAGAUGAAAUAGAUGAAGAGGAUGGUAAUGAAGAAGAUGAAGAUGAAGAUGAAAAAAAUGAACUUGUUGAAAAAAAAGAGCUGAAAGAUGAAGAUAUCCCUUUUAUUUGUGGUCGGUGGUAUCAAAUGAGAUUGAGUAAAGUCAACGAAUCUUCUAAAGCUUAUGUUAAUGAGGAAUGGAAAAUUGUGCAUUCAAUAUUAUAUGAUUUUUCUUACAUUUUGCCAAUAAUUGAAAAUCAAAAUGAAAUUUACAAGAAAUUAUUCAUCUUUACCAUGGACAAAAUUAAAAAUUUUACUGAAGUUAGAGUGUUAAGUACUACUUCACAUAUCAAAGAAUUACAUCCAAAAAUUAUACAUAGAUUUGGUAUAAUGAUCAAAGAAAUGCUAAAUAACAUGAUAAAAAUCCCUGAUGUACAUCUUAUUACUAAAAUGUCUCAUGUUUGUGGAUGUUCUAAAGAUGAUUUGUUUAUACCUGAUAGUUUGUGUGAAGAAAUAUUAUGUCAUAUCUUAACUAAAUUACGUGACCAUGUGAAAUUCUCAGAUCCAUUAGUAUUAUUGAAAUCAGCAAAAUUUUGGAUUACUGUAUUCAAUGCUAAGGGUUGUACAGAAAAGUUUUUAAACCAUUAUCUGCUUCAAAAAGUUUUUAAAAAUAUUCAACACUUUAUAGAAUUAAUUACUAAUAAGAAUAUUAGCAUUGCACAGUUACAAGAACUUCUUAAAUAUGAUAAGGAUCUAGUUAAAAAUCUUUUUAAAAUCACUUCAACAAGCAAGAUUCCUGAUGAUUCAAAUGUGGAUGAUGAUUUUGCUAAUGAACUAAUUUACAACAAAGGGAUUGACCUAUUAGAAAGCCAAUGUAAUAAUUUUGAAUUGACAUUGAAUCAACUUGCCAUAUUUUAUGCAAAGUUUUGUCCAAUUGAAAAGGUCAAUAAUAUCCAAUCAUUUUUAAAUGACAUAAAAGAAAAGGCUAGAAAUUUGGAUCAAGUCAAAUUAAAGGAUGCUUUGAAGCCAAAAUAUUGGCACCUUCAUCAUCAAUCAUUAAAUUCUGCAAAAAAAUGUUAUCAAUUAGCAAAUUCACAAACUUUUAGAAAUGUUUUUGACAGAAUCAUGAAUGAAAAAGCAAAUGCAAAUAUAACAACUGAACAUGUUGCCAAAAGUUUAAUUCCACAAACUUUUAAUAAAUAUAAUGAACUAUGUAAACAAUAUGCUGAUUGGAAGAAAUUGAAAUGCUCAGAAGGAUUUGUACUCUGGGAAAAUGUUGAAAAUGUUGAAAUGGAGUUGGAAUUGAUGGAUGAGUACGUAAAAGUAAAUCAUAAAGAAUUAUUAGUUACCACAUUAAAAUAUUUAUCUGGAGUUCCAAAGCAAAUUAGAAGAUUACAACAAUUAUCUGAUGUAGCUAUUAUAUUUAAAGUCAUUCACACCAAACAAGAUUGGUUAAGCAAAAUAUUGUUAUUGCUUAAAGGCGAUUAUUUAUGGCUAGGAAAAUUGAAUGAGUUUUAUGAGAUAAAUAAUAAACAUUUAUUAGGUCUGGAUGAUAAAUACUGGGAAUUGAUUGAACAAUUAUCUCUGGCAAGAGAAUUUGUUUCAUUCUUACAGUCAAUUGCUGAACAUGACAUUAAGAAUUUAAUUAAUGGUGUAGAAGAACAUUCAGAUGGAAGUCUUGUACAAGAAGAUACUGUCUCAUCUCUUAUCCAAGUCAAACAAUCCAUAUUACCAUUAAUGAAGAGCUCUCAAAACCUUACUUUGAAAGAUUUUAUCAAAGAAUUAUCUAGUAUUAGUAAAGCAAACCCUUCUUUGUCAAAGAAGGUUGAAUUGUGUAAUGGUCAUCAUAUGGAAUUAAAAAAUUUUUACAAUAAUAUUUCUAAUAAAGGUGAGGCUGCAAGAGCAAAAAUAAGUAAUGCAGUUAGAAAAGGCAUCUACAUAUUUCAACGUAUUAAUGAUAAAGAUGAAGACAAAUGUUCUGUAACAAUGACUUAUCCAUCAAAAGUUAAAGUGAGUCCCAGUUACACUCUCAAUGACUUGUAUGACUUACGUGGUAGAGCUUUACUAAUAGCAAAACCUUCUGCAUCAAUUGAUAUCAAUGAUAAAGAAAAAAUUAGUAAAGAUAUUAUAGAUAAAUUUGUUUCUCAAGUUGAUCUGGCUCAAGAAAUCAUCAACAUUGCUACAAAACUUAUUCAAAUGGGCCAUUUUGAUUAUAGAGAAUUUAAUGUUUCUAUUGUGGGGAAUCAGCCAUGGGAUAAAUUUGUUUUGAAAUUGAAAAAAGAUUUAGGACAAUGGCAUGAUAUUGUUAAUAGAUUACAGGAACAACAUUAUUAUCUAACAUUCUUUCCAGUUAGACAUAUUCUUAAAUUUUACGAUUAUUUUAUGAAUUAUAUUGACUUGGAAAAAAGAUAUGCCAAUAAACAAGAUGAAUUUGAAUUGUUUAAAAAAGCAAAUAGAGAAGAAUGUGAAACAUUAAUUAAAUUUGUUAAUAUUAAUGCUACAUUGCCUCCACCACCAUUACCAAACAAAAAAGAUACUUCAGAUAUUUCACAUCAACAUAAUGACUAUUAUAAAAUGUUAUCUGAAAUUGGUUUGAAGCUAUUUAACAUUUUUGAGUCAAUUCAAAGAAGUCCUAGGAAAAUUAAAAUUCCAGUUGAAAGCAUUAUGUCAGAUGUUGUUCAACCUGGAAAAUUAUUUGUAGCUUCAUGUGAUGACAAAUUUUUAGUUCCUAAUAUUAUCAUUUCGUUAUAUGUCAACCACCAAUUUUAUCCUGAGCCUUGGCAAAUAUUAAUCUGUACACCAUCAACUACUAUGGAAGAAUUGUCCAUAUUUAUUAAAAGAUGUUUCUUUGCAUCCAAGAAUAAUUAUGAAUCAGAAGCAAAUGAUUAUUAUUUAGCAUUGAUUUGUUGUAAAAAAGAUGGGCUUCACCAUCACAUUUUGGAUCAAUUUAGUCAGGAUGUACACACAACAAAAGGAUUAGGCACUGAAUCUAUGAAAUUAAUUUAUAAUGAAAUUUGUCAUAAUAAAGUGGUGGUCGUUUCUUCAGGAUUGUCAGGUCAAGGCAAAACUGAAUGGAUAAGACAAGAAAGUUUUAAGACAGGCAAAUUUAUAAAAAGCUUUCUAAUCAGUGAUGAGAUUGAUUUUUGUAAUCUUGUCAAGAAAUUUAGAAAAUUCAAAUUAAGAAAAGUUGACUCUUUACAUUUAAAUAUCAUUUCAUCUGAUUUUCCAUUAGAUGUUAAUAUAUUUUUAUUCCAGCUAUUAACAUUAGGAGUUGUAUCAAAUAAUAUGGAUAUUGCAUUAUUACCACUAACACCUGUUUUUAUUGAAGUUGCAUCAACUAUGGGACAAGAAUUGUUUAAUUCCUUGAAAUUUGUAAAUUAUCUACCAUCAAAAUUUUUGGUUUGGUCUAUCAAUCAAUUAAUAACGUCAGAGGAACUAACCUCACCAUUACAAAUUGUCUCUCUUUAUCUGGAUUAUUAUGAUAAAUCUUCAUUGGACAAAAAUGACUUAAUCUUAAAAGGAACAAAAUCAACUCAUUUAGUUCCAGUCACAGAGGCCAGGUGUCAAGAAUUAUUAACAAAAUAUUUAUUCAAAGACAAAAACACUGACAUAUUUUCAUUUAGAUUUAUUGAAAUAUUUGUUAAUGUUUUGGCUGAUCAGUUGGUUAGAUUGUCUUCAAGCUCAUUUUUCAAGGUUGAAAAUAUUAGAUUGAUGGUGAAUGACAAAUGUGGUGUUCGUACAACAUUGGUUCAGACUUUAAUUGAUGUAUCAAAAGAUUUUGCUACAAAAUCAAUCAAAACAAGAUCUGCUCAAACAAAGUCUCUUCAAAAUAAAGAGGAUGAAUUAAGUACAAUUGUGCAAUGGGAUGACUCAAACCAUUUAUUGGUAUUUUUUAUGUCACAAUUGCCUGAUUCAAUUUGUGCAUUAUACAGAGAUAAAACAAAAGUUCCAGAUAAUGUUAAAAAUUUGUUAAAAAGCCAAUGUAUUGGUGAUGAUGGUUCAAAUAAUUAUGUGUGGAGUUUAGAUGAUUAUCAUACCAUGUCAACUGAUGAAUUAUUAAAGAAAUUAGAGUGCUUGGCAAGAAAAACCAUGCAUUCAAUUCCAUAUCAUCCUUAUGCAUUAUCAGCAGACAACUUACUUAAAAUGGCUUUGAUUUUAUUAAGAGCAAGAGCAAAUAUUCCUGUCGUUGUAUGUGGAGAAGCUGGUUGUGGAAAGACAAGUUUAAUUGGAUUUUUAGCAAAAGUAGUUGAAGUUGAUUUUUUAGCAUUAAAUCUUCAUGCUGGAAUAUCUGAGCAAGCAAUAUUUGACUUUAUGGAUAAAGCAGAAAAAACAGCAGAAAAAGGUGAAACCUGGGUAUUUUUUGAUGAAAUCAAUACGUGUAUACACAUUGGACUAUUAUCAGACUUAAUAGCUCACAGAAUGCUAUUUGGGGUGCCAAUUCAUGACAAUAUUAGACUUUUUGCUGCUUGUAAUCCCUAUAGGUUGAGAAAUAAAAAUAUUUCUCAAGUAGGCUUGAUUGCAAAAACUGAUGAAACCUAUGAAGAAAGAAGUAAACUUGUUUAUCAAGUCAAGCCAUUACCUUAUCAAAUAUUAGAUUAUGUAUGGGAUUAUGGUAUAUUAAAACCAAAUGACGAAUUGAAAUAUAUACAGAUCAUGGUAUCAAAUGCAUUGAAAGGAUUAGCAGAUAACAGACUUGCUCAAUUGUUGUUUGAGUCUCAAAAUUAUAUUAGACACGUUGAAGAACCUUAUAGUGUAUCAUUACGUGAUGUAAAAAGGGCUAUCAAAUUAGUAAAAUUCUUUCAUACUUCAUUACAAAAUCGUCCUCCUGUAAGGAAACAUGGUCCCAAAUACCCUCCAAAUGGAUUUCCUGAUAUAAUUAUAAGAUCUUAUGUAUUAGCAUUGGGGCUUUGUUAUCAAUCAAGGAUAUAUGAUCAAAAAUUGAGAAAACAGUAUAGAAUAAAGAUGUGUGAAAUAUUUUAUGAAUUUAAAGUCCCAUUGAGUGAAGAAUCAUUUGUAAAAAUCAUUAGGGAUGAGCAAGAAGAUUAUAUUUCCAGAAUGACAUGUCCACCUAAUACUGCCUUUAAUGAGGCAUUAUUAGAAAAUGUUUUAGUAAUGGUUGCUUGUAUAUUGUGUAAAAUCCCUGUAUUUAUAAUUGGAGCUCCUGGAUCUUCUAAAUCAUUGGCCAUCAGACUUGUAAGUCAAAAUCUUCGUGGAUCUGAUUCAAAUGAUGAAUAUUUCAGAACAUUACCACAAGUGUAUUUGAUUCCACAUCAAGGUUCAGCAUCUUCAACAUCAGAGGGCAUAGAUAAAGUGUUCCAGAAAGCCAAGAAAUACCAGGAUACUGGCUCAGAAGAUUUUCCUGUUAUUAGUGUUGUGUUGCUUGAUGAAGUUGGAUUGGCAGAAAUAAGUCCCUUCAACCCAUUGAAAGUUCUUCAUUCAUUACUUGAACCAAGUUAUCCAAAUGAUGGGCCAUCUGUGUCAGUUGUUGGCAUAUCAAAUUGGAGAUUAGAUAAUAGUAAAAGUAGUAGAGCAUUAUUGGUCCAAAGACCUAAAUUUAAUUUGAAAGAUUUAGUUGAUACAGCUGAUCGUUUACUUAAGAAAAAAACUCAUGGCAUAAUUUCUAAAUCAUUUUUAGAAUCACUUGCUGAAGAAUAUUUGAAUUAUGAGAAAAAUGGCCAGAAAUAUGAACAUUUCCAUGGAUUACGUGAUUAUUAUUCAUUAGUAAAAUCUUUAUCAAUGGCUGAGCUAAACCCUGAAAACAUUCAAAUGGCACUAAUAAGAAAUUUUGGUGGAACUGAUAUUAACAAACAACUUGUUGAAGAACAUUUUGAAUAUGUAUUAAAAACAUUUAACAAUCAAAAAAAAUGGGAAUAUAAACCCAUACCAGUUGAAAAAUUAAUUAAUGCAAAUAUUCAAGAUGAAGGAGCAAGACAUUUGAUGGUCAUUGGAAAAAGUGAAUCAAUAGUAAAUUUAUUAAAUUAUCAAUUGAAAAUGCAAAAUUUGGAUCCUGUUGUUAUUCUGGGUUCACAAUUUCCUGAAGAUCAUGAUGACUACUCUUAUAAUAUAUUGAGUAGAAUUAUGAUGUGUGUUGAAGCUGGAAGACCAUUGAUCUUAACAGAUUUGGAAAUAAUUUAUGGAAGUCUUUAUGACUUGUGGAAUCAAAGCUAUGUCGUUGUUGGAAGUUCAGAUAAUCCUAAAUAUUAUGCUAGAGUUGCUCUUGGUGCAUAUGCAAAUCCUUUACUUCAUGUUGAAAAAGGUUUCAGGUGUAUUCUUGUUAUGGAUGAAGAUAAAAUAAAAGAUGCUGAUCCACCACUUUUGAAUCGAUUUGAGAAACAAAAAAUGUCUAUUAAUGAUAUCAUAAUUAAAAUUUUUGAUGUGAAUGAUCUUUUUAUUGGAUAUGAUCCAAAUGAAACUUUACAAAGCUUGGUAAUAGAUGUAACAAAAACAAACCCAUCUUAUAAUGAAGAACAAAUAAUUGAUAUAUGUAAAAGGAGAUUAAUUGCAAUUGCAUCAUCAGAUGGUAUAGUCAGAUCUGAGAAAUCUAAUGCUGAUAUUGAUGAAAAAAAUUAUUUGAAAAAAGUGUUCUUCAAACAACAAUGUAAUGAUCAUCUAUUAAGUUAUUUCAAAAGCAUAUUAGAUACAGAAAAAAAUCUUAUACAAGGAGUAGUUGAGGAGCCAACAAAAAAUGUCAAUCCUGAUGGAACACUAGUGAUCAUUAACACUUUUUCAAAUAUUAAUACAGAUAUUAAAUCAUAUUUACAAGGCUUUAUCAAAUGUCAAAUAGAAAAAUUAUCAACAUUUAAGACUGAAGCUGAAUUACAAAAAAGAAUACGAAAUUUCUGGUUUGAAUCAACAGAUCAAAUGUUGAUAUUACAAUGUGACGUUACAUCAGUUAAUGCUGGUUGUAUCAAGUUAGCUAAAUUUAUCAUAGAACAGCAUCGUGAUGAAUACUUGACAAAACAAAAAAGUAAUAGAAAAAAGAAAGCUGUUAAUGAAAUUAUUGUACCAACAAAACAUGCUUGUAUAAUAUUACAUAUUCAUAGAGAACAACAUGAAAAAGAUGAAAUACCAGUGUCAUUCAAUUUUAUAUGUGGCUGGGAUCAAAUUACAAUUGAAAAUUUGACUCAACAAGAAAAUUCUUUAUCAUCUUUAUUGGAUGGUAGUAUAUCUGAUGUUAUACAAACCAGUUAUAAAUUUGAAGAAGUACUUAGGCAAGAAUUAUUAUGGUGUUUGUUACGUAUAAAAUAUCCCUCAAAUAAAAGAUCUGUGGACCAUAUAAAAACAUUGAAUGAAGAAAUUAUCAAACAUCAAGAAUUUAUUGAUUUAUUAAGUGUCCAUAUACAAAAAUGGCUCCAAGCAAAUUUACAAUAUGAUUGGCAAUAUGAAGUGGCAUCAACAAAGAAAUUACUUUACCCUCAUUCAUCAUUUACUACAGCUUUACAAAUGCAUAUUCGUCAACGUGUUCGAAUACCAAUUGCAAAAAUUUUAUGUGCACUUGAAAAUUAUCAAGUAACAAGAACAUUCUUUUUACUUGCUAGUAAAAAAGAUGAAUCUGUAGAACACAAAAGUUUAUAUGAUUUUUGGAUAAAGAUGUUCAAUAACCCAGAAAUAAUUUCAAUAGAUAAUUCAACAGAACUUCAAUCAGACAAAAACAUCAUCAUGCCUAAUAAUGUUUAUGUUUUACAAUUUCCAUUUUCUUAUUAUCUGGCUAAACAAAUUAAUGGAUUUAAAAAAUUAUUUGAAGAAGAAAUUAAAGUUUUAUGUGAACAACAUGAUAAUUUAGAUCCAACAACAGGAGAACUUUAUAAUGACAUUAUGGAUAAUUUUAUUUUAACAUUUUCUAAAAACAUUUUAUCAUCGGCUCCAAUACUUAAGAGUUCACCAUUAGAUUUUGCAUCUGAUUUAUAUUUCAAAGAUUUUGUUACUAUUACAGCUUUAGAUAAUAAUCUUGAUCCAGAGAUUUUAGAAUUUGUUUUUAGUGCAAAAUUGGGAUCUGAGAAAAUAUUAAACCCAAUUUACCUUCAUACAUAUUUAUGGAGAAAUAUACAUACCAUAUCUACAGAAGCACAAUUACUAAAGGUUUGUCCUGAUAUAAUUGAUAAAAUUAAAGAAAAAGAUAUCAUUGAUUUGAGGUUUGGAGAAUUCUUAAUGAAAAAUGUAUCAGAAUCAAUGUUAGACAAACUUACAAUAGGAGAAUUGUCACGUUAUCACAUUGAAGAUUGGGUCUAUGAGGUUGACAAAAUCAUGCUAUUAAGUAAUAAUAUCAAAGGAGCAUCAACUUUACCAUUAUUUCAAGUUUUGAAAAUUUGUUAUGAUCUUAUACCAUCAAUAUCAAAUAAAGAUCUUCAAGAAAUUAUAAAUGCUGGCAAAAAUAAAUUACUUUCAAAUGAAUUCAUAGUCAAAACACUUGAAACAUUAAAGAAACUUCAACCUUAUGAAAAGAAUUUGGCUAUAUUUAAAUCUUUUUUAAUGAAAUGUUUGGAAAUUGUACCAUCUGAAUCCAAAGUUAGUCUUUAUCUUUAUGAUAGAAUUCUCUCACAACCAUUUCCACUGAUGGAACCAAUUGUAAGAUGCAUAUUUGCAAAUGAAAAAAAACAAUAUCCAAAUCUUUUCUUGGACAUUAUUGAAAAUCCCAGAAAAGUUUUAUCUAAAUCAGCAAAAAUAGCAGGCAUUAAUAAAUGUCUAGCUGAACUUGACUCACCAAUAUCAACAUUAUGUUGUGACGUUAUUCAACAAAAUUUUUUAAAUAAUUUGGAUGUGUAUGUGUCAUAUCAAAAAGCAAUAGAAUCAUUGUAUGGUAAUAAUAUGGAACCAUUACAAAUUAUAGUAUCAAUAGCUUUUCUCAAGUUAUUUGUAACAAAGCUGUGGGAUGCUAUUAUUAAAGAUAAUGAUUUAGUGAAAACUAGUAAUACUUUAUUUUUUGAUAUAGGAGAAUUUAAUGGACCUGAAGUAGUUAACACUUUAAACAAUAGUUUGAGUAGAGAUUAUCCAUUGAUAAAAUCAUUUAAAUUUUAUUUCUUAAAAGAAUUACGUCAACGAGGAUUUUAUUUCAAUGAAAUCAAGGAUUUCUGUUUAGCAUUGAAUCAAAAUAGUGUGCAUUGGUUUUCUGAUCUAAAAUGGGAUCUGGAUCAUGUUGGUGUCUUGCCAUUUAAUCCAUAUUGGGUAUUAGAUGAUUAUCGUAUUAUUGAAAAGACCUUUAAAGCAGUAACUGAUAAUAAUACAGUACACUUUAAAAAAUAUUUAGAAAUACUCAAAAAUGAUUCAACUUUAACAUCACGUAUAGCCUUUUUUGGAUUUAUCUUUACAAGAUUACAAUUACCAAAGUCAGCUGGUGAAUUGAGACAUGUGGAAAGUGAAGUGAAUGAAAUUUUACAAAAAGGAUUUGAACUAAAUCAAGUAGAGCCAUUUUAUAAAAAAUUAGUGAAAAGCUUAAUAAAUAAUGAAAUUUAUAUUCUAAAAGUUGACCAACAAUUCAUAGGCAAUUUAGAAAUGAAAUCAGUUAUAGCACAUAUUAUAGGAUUGUACUCAUCUUUGCCAUCUAAGGCAUCUAGAUUAUCAGCCUAUUUACAUAAGCUAGAUCAGUGUAAUGAUGAGUUUAUUUUAACUUGUCCACCUUACUUUGGUUAUACAACUACAUCUGAAACUGGAACAAUUGUAGAAGGAACAUGUGUAGAGUGCAAGAAUAAAAUUGGAGGGGUUGAUUAUCAACCUAAAGAAGAAGAUAAAUUAAUUAAAAAACAACAAACAGCAGAAACAGAUGUGUCAUAUGGAGGAUAUGUUCCAGAAGUUCCUAAUAUCAACAUAACCUACACCGUUAGAAAUGGCUUAUCACCAUCAUCAUAUCGUAUUUUACAUUUCAUGGUCAAUGUUGUGAUUGGAGCACACUUACCAUCAACAACAGCAAUCAACUUUAUUAAAAGACAUGGAGAUAUUCAAGAUCCUAUUGUAUACCUUUUACAACAUAUGGAAAAUGAUUGGAAUGUUUUGAUAAGAAUGUUGGAUCUUUCAGAUGAAGAACUUGCAUUAUUGUUCCAUGCAAUAUUGAAUAGUAUUAGUGAAAAACCUUAUGAAUUAUCACGUGGACCAAUUGAAAACCCAAGGCAAAGAGAAGACUGGGAAACAAGCUUUGCAAAGAAAUAUAUCAUACCAUUUACUAAAAAUGCUAUGGAAUCAACAACUCAAUUUAGGUUCCUAUUAGAUGAAUCAAUGAAUAAAGGCUCAUUUGAAAGUAAGAUUGUUGAAGAGGUUGAUCAAACAUCAUCAUCAAUGGAUAAGAAAUAUCAUAAAUCACAUCUACCUAAACUUUGGAGAUACAUUAGUGAAAGUAGUUUUGAUAAUUUUAGAGCAUAUUAUUGUGGAAUUUUAGAACAACCAGUCACAAAAUCAUAUCCAUUUUUAACAAUAUUUUUCAAGCACCAUAAGAAAUUGGAUAUGGUUAAACAUUUAUCAGCCAUUACAAAAUUCGUGAAAAUCUUAUCAUCAAGAUUAGGUUAUCGAAUAACUAGAUUGACUGCUAAUAAUAUGUCCUUUAAAGAAUACAUGGUUUCUGAAACAAAAAGAAAUAUUGAACCACAAGAGCUUGAGAUGUUUAAAAACUUAUUCCGUGAUUUUUCAGCAUCAUGGAAUCAAGUGAUUAAAGAAGCUGCUAAAAAUGAUGACAAACAAUUGGUGAAUAUACCAGGAAUGAAUAUGGAGAAACCAAUAAUCUUUGGAUUAAUUGAUCCAAAAGAUGAUAGAUCAUUUGUAUGUGGCAUUGUAAAAUAUCUUGUAGAGAUACAAAAUAGUUUUUUGAGAGAUGUUUUAACAAUACCGGUUGGAAAAUGUGAAUCUAUCAAGUUUUUACAAGAACCUAAAAAUUAUAAUGUAGCAAUGGAAAAGAUGAAUACCAAAAUGUAUUAUUAUUUACCAGAAGUUAAGUUGGACAAAUUUAAAGAAAAUAAUUUAAUCAAUUAUGAAUGGGAUGAUAAUUUGUUAAUAUAUAGUCAAAGAAGUUUGGCUGCUGGACAUGGACAAGAAAUUAUUUAUGAUUUGCAAAAAAUUGAAGAGGAACUUGCAAAAAGACUGGUUUAUGAGAAGUAUUAUAUUGAGCAAAACAAUGAAAACUUGUAUUUGGAAUCAUUCCAAUAUCACAUGGAAAUGUUCCAAGAAAGCAAUAAAAUUCUUAAUGAUAUUAAACUGUUAAUACCACAGGAGAUUAUUCCAAAUGAUAAGACAUCUUUAAUAAAUGAAUCAAUAUCUAAUAGCGAAUUCGUUAAUAAAGAUAAUACAUUGAAAAUUUUAUCAUUCUUGGAAAUAAUUUUAUGUUUUAUUAAACGAGCAUCAAUUGGUAAUGGAGAAAUAUUGAUAGAAGAUUUUAUUUAUCAAUGGACCAAAUUAUCAUCAUUAGUCGAUGACAACAAUGAAUUUAAGAAUAUAUUGGAGAUAGGAUUAAAACUUAAAAAUAUUAUAGGGUUAUAUGAAUUGAUAGAAGAUUAUUAUGCUAAUGGAGUGAUUGAACAUAUUAAUGAGAAAUAUAAAAUAAUGAUUGAUAAUAAUGAUUUGGAAAAGAUUAUUGAAAGUUCACUUAAUUUUGAAGCAAAAAUUACUGAAGAAACUAAGAGUUUACCAGCAAAAUCAUUUGCACUAGCAUUAAAAAGAUUUAUGUUUAGAUUCUUGACAUCAGAAUCAGUCAAAGAAGAUGAAUCAUUAGGCAAAUAUUUAAUUGACAUGAGUUUCAAUCUUUGGUCAUCAGAUAUUAAAGAAGAAUUGGUAAAAGAAAAUUUCCCUAAAUCAUUAUUGGUUGCACAUACAUUUGCCACAUACAAAUAUAUUUUGAAGAGAAUUGAGGCGGAGAGAGAUUUAAAUAAAACCUUUAUAUCAACAGAAUUUUCCUCAGGUCCUAGUGUGCAACAAAGAAAACCAAAAAAGAAGAAUGUUAAUAGAUUUGACCUUGCAUAG